AAAGGCAGUUAAAAAAAAGAAAAAAACAAAAAAAAAAACAGAGGGUGGUAGGAGUGGUGGAGAGAGGUUUUUUGGAAAUUUUAUUUUCCGGUGACCGGACUCGUUCGUCGCUCCUGUUGCUUUCCAGUCUUCCUGAAUGCCUUAAUCAGCGUUCAGGAAAAGUUUUGGAGAUUUACCCGCGAGGAACGAGAGAUUAAUAGGUGAUGAAGGAUUCAAAAAUUUGGUACAUUUUGGCCUGUAUUUCGUGGGCUGUACUUGAGUGAAACAAAAGGAAUCCUAGCACUUGGCUUUUCCCACCAAUAUUGUAAAUAUGAUGGCUAAUCUCCCAUGGAAGACUAAAACUCUGGGAAUCCUCUGAGAAGAACUGCCCUUGGCUUGCACUACUGCCAUUCUCACCUGCACGAGAUUCAACAAAAUGGCGGUAGCCAUUGAUCAACAUCAUGGAUUCAAGCCAUUUAAAAGAUCUCAGAGAUGUAGACUCCAAUCUCUAACUAACUAUGACUUAAACAUUCUUGAAAUUGACCAAACCAAUCUUUCCAGCUUAAAACAAGCAUUCGAAGUAGUUAAAUUUCACAGAAGCUUCUCCAGUCCGUGUUUUUCCUUGGCCACUAGAGUUGAAGAAGAGCUCGACACUACUCCAAGGAUUGAGAUUCUUGGUGGCCAUGGAGCCCCGAGAGUCCGUGAUCUUGUUGUUGAGGUUGCCAUAGCUUUGGCCUCCGGUGUUGAUCCCAUACCAGUAUCAAGUGGACUAGGUGGUGCUUACUUUUUGCGCAGCAGGAAUGGAGAUAAUAUUGCACUGGCAAAACCAAUUGAUGAAGAACCUUUAGCCUUCAAUAACCCGAAAGGCUUUGGGGGGCUGAUGCUUGGCCAACCUGGUAUGAAACGAUCAAUUCGAGUAGGUGAAACUGGACUUCGCGAAUUAGCUGCUUAUCUACUAGACCAUGGUGGGUUUGCUGGUGUUCCUCCAACAGCAUUAGUAAAGAUUUCCAGUGUUGGGUUCCACGUUAACGGUGUUGAAAAUAUUUCAGCUCCGCCCUGCAAGAUUGCCUCACUCCAACGUUUUGUAGAACAUGAAUUUGAUGCUGGGGAAUUAGGCUGUUCUGGUUUUUCAGUUGCUUCUGUUCAUCAGAUUGCGAUUUUUGAUGUAAGAGUCCUAAAUCUUGACAGGCAUGCUGGAAAUAUACUUGUAAAAAAGAACGAUCAGAAGGAAAAAUAUGCAGCCGGGGCAGCUGAGCUCGUGCCUAUAGACCAUGGACUUUGCCUACCUGAGUGGCUUGAUGAUCCUUAUUUUGAAUGGCUGCAUUGGCCUCAAGCCUUAGUUCCCUUUUCAGAAUCUGAACUUGUGUACAUAUCCAAUCUUGAUCCAUUUAAAGAUGCAGAGCUCUUGAGAUCUGAGCUUAGUUCUUUAAGGGAAUCUUCUAUCCGAGUUCUUGUUCUCUGCAGUAUUUUCUUGAAGCAAGCUGCUGCGGCUGGCCUCUGCCUUGCCGAUAUAGGCAAAAUGAUGACCAGGGAGUCUUGUAGUGGAGAGGAAAGUAUGAGUGUAUUAGAGGAUCUUUGCACAAAAGCAAAGGGAGCCGUUGUUAAUGCAUCAGAUGAUGAAGAGGAUAAUAUGGAUAGCAGAGAAGAAAAGGACGAGUUUGAACUAUUUCAAUUCGAUGAGGAGACUGAGCACAUUUCUGCUGAGGUAAUGGAUCUCCAUCAGCUCUUACAGUCCCCUACCGAGAUUGCUAAGCCACCUAAAAUUGCAAAAUUCUCACCUGUAAGAUCACUGCCUAGGUCGCAAGAUGAAGAACUAUCUCCGUUGUUUGAGGAAACUGACCACGAAGUCAAAAACUAUAACGAUGGUGAUGAUAGCAACAGGACUUCCAAAGAAAAUGGCGGAGACAACAAUGGGGACGACAGCAAACUAGGGGGUUUAACGAGGAGCAAGAGCUACUCAGUCCGAAAUAGGGCUUGCGAAUCCGAGGGCAUUUCUUUUGGAGACUUGAGUGAAGGUGAAUGGAAAUUGUUCUUAGAGUGUUUCGAGAAGCUUUUGCUGGAGGUUCUCGAGGGCACAAAUUGUGGCAGCUUGAAGCAACGGUUGGGAACUUCUUGCCAGUUCUGAGAAAGUUGAGGGGUGCUUGUAUCUGGUUGGAGAAGCAUGUACAUUGCCCCUGUAGAUUGUAGAUAAACAUUUAGGAUUAAAAAGUGAUGGGCAGAUAGCCAUCCUUUCCCUUUAUUUUUGUUUCUCUUCCAUUUUUCUAAUAUCUUUGUAUACAGAAUUGUGAAUAUUGUCCUUUACAUGAUUGAUUCUUCUUGCUAGAAGUUGCAUCUGAAAUUAUUGCAGUAACGUUAUUGGAUGUAAA